AUGGCCGCCUCACGCGCGUGCGCCCCCACCCUCCGUCCCUCCCACACACCCCACACUGCCUCCCACAGCCCCACACCUCGCGCUAUCUCUCCCGGGUGUCGCCACGCUCUCUGCCUCCCUCUUGGCGACGCCGGAGAUCAUAGGCCUCUCGAUUCCUGUGCUGAGGCGAAUAAUGUUGAAGGGCACCAUCGGGACAGCGGGGUCAGGCGCAGAACGGAGGGCCAGGCAUUCGUCACUCUUCAGGCAGCCAGGACUAAACCCGUGGCGUUCUCCGUGCGUACCAAUGUGGCCUACGAUGGUUCUCUGGAUGACGAUUCUCCAGUCCACGGCUCGGCCAUCUCUUUCGAUGUCAAGGACUUCCUCCACAUUAAGGAGAAGUAUGACAACAACUGGUGGAUUGGGCGUCUGGUGAAGGAAGGUGCGGAUGUUGGGUUCAUCCCGUCACCCGUCAAGCUCGAGAACCUGCGCCUACAGCAGACCCAACAGAAGAACUCCAAGCUCUACCCCAAAAACUCGUCAUCGGGUAACCUAGGAUUGAUAAAUGAUGUUUUAACCAAUAGCAAGAGUCCCAACUCACGAGGCUCCACUCCCCCCACUCCUGGUAAGUGUUACUUGUAUGGGAAUCUCAGAUUUCAACUAUUGUAUGUAUUUAUUAUUACUACUACCUAGUAUUAUUACUUCUUUUUUUUCAAGUGCCAUGAUUAAGCAUUGUUUCUGAAGCCCAAAUGUACACGAUGUUUC